AUGGAUAUUGGAAGUAAUCCUAGUAGUAGUGAUAGAAAUGAGAAUCCUACCUCAAAUUCCAAUGAUCCCCCUCCUAGUGGUAAUGAUUCAACAUAUGAGGCCCCAUCUAUGCGUGGAAAAACUGAUCCUGCUUGGGCACAUGUUGCCUUAAGAAAAGAAGGCAAGAAAAAUAUAUAUACUUGCCUUUAUUGUGCAUCAAGCUAUGGAGGAGGUGGGAUUAACAGAAUGAAGCAACAUCUUGCUGGUGUAAGUGGUCAAGUAGCUUCUUGUAAAAAAGUUCCUCAUGAUGUACGUCACAGAAUGGUAGAGUCUUUGAAAGGUGGGAGAAAAAGGAAGGUUGAUGAUAGAAAAGAACAAGAACAAGAACAAGUAGGCAUAGGGGACCUUGAAACUAAUGAUCCAAUUGCUCCUACUCCAAUUAAGAUAGUCCCUGAGAGAGGUGCCAAUAAGAGGCAAGCUUCUACUAUUUCAGUUGAGAAUUAUUUUGCCCCUAGGACAACUCCUGGUUCCCAGCCUGGCAUAAAAAGUGUGUUUGCAACAAAAGAAGCACAGUACAAUGCAAAAAUGGCUAUUGCUGAAUGGGCUAUCAUCAAUUGCAUUCCAUUUAAUGCAUUAGAUUGCCCUUCAUUUCAAAAAGCCAUAGAUGCUAUUGCUUCUAUUGGGCCAGGGUUUAAAGCCCCUAAUGCUUAUGAAUUUAGAGUCAAUUUGUUGACAGAUUGGAAAAAAGAAUGUCAAUUACUUAUUGAGAGUCAUCGGGCUAAAUGGAAAAACACUGGAUGUACACUCAUGGCUGAUGGUUGGACAGAUGUGAGGCAGCGAACUUUGAUUAAUUUCUUAGUCUAUUCUACACAUGGAAUGGUUUUUGUGAAAUCUGUUGAUGCAUCAGAUUUGGUAAAAGAUGCUAGGACUUUAUUCUCGUUGUUCUGUGAAGUGAUUGAGUGGGUUGGUCCUAAGAACAUUGUUCAUGUGGUGACUGAUAAUGCUGCAAAUUAUGUAGCAUGUGGCAAGUUGAUUAAGGAUAAAUAUAAAAAUAUUUAUUGGUCACCUUGUGCUGCUCAUUGUUUGAACCUUACUUUAAAAGAUAUAGCAAGCUUGGACAAUGUGUCAGCACUUGCAACUAAGGCAUCAAAGAUAACUGUUUUUGUUUAUAAUCAUAUGAUCUUCUUGUCAUGGCUAAGGAAAAGAUCGGGUUGGAAAGAAAUUGUACGUCCUGGUGCAACAAGAUUUGCUACUACAUUUAUUACGUUGCAUAGCAUAUAUAUGCAUAAGCAUGACUUGCAAGCUUUGGUGACUGAUAAGCACUUUGUGGAUCACAAAUUGUCAAAGACUCAAGCUGGAAUAAUUGUUACUGCCAUCAUAUUAGAUAAUGGCUUUUGGGGUAAUUGCUUAGAAAUUGUGAAGGUUGUAUCUCCUCUUAUAAAGUUGUUGAGAAUUGUGGAUUCAGAUGAGAAGCCUUCUUUGCCUUCUGUUUAUGAAGGCAUGCAAAGGGCAAAAAAAGAAAUUAAGGCAACAUUCAACAAUAAGAGAGAUUAUUACAAGCCUUACACAAGCAUUAUUCAAGCUCGAUGGGAUAAGCACUUUAAGACAAAUCUUUAUGCAGCGGCAUAUUUGUUGAAUCCUGCAUUCUUGUAUGAUGGGAAUUUUGUUCACAAGAGAAGGUUAAUGGAUGCAAUGCUUGAUGUGUUUGAGUCAAAUGAAAGUGAAGAAAUUGAUUAUAUUGUAAUGAUGAAGCAAUUGAGCUUGUAUCGUGAUCGUAAAGAAUCUUUUGACAAAACUUCAUGUGAAAGAGCAGCUCAGAAAUUAGAUCCUUAUGAAUGGUGGUCAUUCUAUGGAGGUUCUGUUCCAGAAUUGCAAACUCUUGCAAUGCGUAUUCUUAGCCAAACUUCUUCUUCUUCUGGCUGUGAAAGAAAUUAG